UGGUUGCGUUGCGGAUAAAGUUACCCCUCAAUUCCACUAACAUGUGACAUAGUUAUCCGACAUUAAGGUCAUAUAGCCUUAGCCGCGGUUACUUCAAGUACACACGACACUGCAGUUCUGUGUGUCUAAUUAUUGAACUGUCAUAAUUUUAUGGUGGUCCCUCUUUAAGUACUAUCGAUUACUUUUAUCUUCAGACAAGUACCAGGCCACUCUAUAUUCAAAUUAUCAUCAGUAUUCAAAGGCUUGAUUAAAGUUGUGUAGUAUCUACAAGGUUCAAUACAAUACCCUUAUUAAUGGAUGACAUUAUUCCUGACUUAGUACGUGAUACGAAUUUGAGUUCACCCACUUUGGACAAAGUCCCUGUGACGAUUCUGUCAGGAUACCUUGGUGCUGGAAAAACUACUCUUUUGAAUUAUAUUCUAACCUAUGCUCAUAACAAAAAGAUUGCUGUUCUUUUAAAUGAUUUUGGAGAAGGUUCAGCUGUAGAGUCUAGUAUUGCGUGGAGUGAAAAAGAUGGCAACCUCUUUGAAGAAUGGAUAGAAUUGCGUAACGGUUGUUUAUGCUGUUCUUUAAAAGAUGCAAGUGUACGAGCCAUUGAAAAUUUAAUGAAGCGGAAGGGAAAAUUUGAUUAUAUUCUAAUUGAGACAUCUGGACUUGCUGAUCCAGGUCCUGUUGCAUCACUCUUCUGGUUAGACGAAGAUUUAUGUAGUCAAAUUUGCCUCGAUGGAAUCGUAACAGUUUUGGAUUCAAAAUACUGUUUACCACAUCUUAUGAAGUCUACUGGGGAUGAGAUGAGUGAAUAUGAAAGACAGGUACUUUUGGCUGAUGUACUCAUUGUCAACAAAACUGACUUGAUUUCUGAUUCAGAAAAAUCAGAAGUGGUUCAGCGUAUUAGAGAUAUCAAUAAUUCUGCUAGGCUCAUUGAAACUAAUUAUUGCAAGUAAGUCUCGUUUUUAAACGAUUAACUGAAUAAACAUUCAUUUUCAAUAGUUUUCAACUUACAGAAAUCUGUUUUGGGUGGUGAUGUUGCAUGAAGUAAUUUGCUCUUUUGUUAGAGUUGGCUUCCAUAGGAUUAAGAUCUAACGAAAAUUAAAUAGACUCCUUUAUUUGCUUAUAUAUUUAGACACAUAAAUAUUGGUAUAAGGGGACACCAUAUAUAUAUAUAUAUAUAUAUAUAUAUAUAUAUAUAUAUAUAUAUAUAUACCCCACACUGAAAAUGAGGUUGUGAAGAGAUAGAGAAUGUAAAGAACGUGUAAUAAAAAGAACAACAACGAAAAGAAAUUAGUAUGUGACAGUUUAAUAAUAAUAAUCGGAGAAGCAGUUCGGCCAAGCGAAAUGCAACCAAAAAAUAUAAUUUCAGUCGAGGAAGUUAUGUUCACUUUUAUAAAGAGAGUAAAAGGAAGUUACAGAAGGAUCGCCACUGGCUUCUAUUCUGGUCCACAUCUGAUAACAUCUAGCUACUGUGUUACACCAUCUAUGAGACCCCAACCAGGCAAUCACGAGGGACCGACAGAUGCCAGUCCUAUGCAGCAUUAAUUCAUACCACAACACCAUGUCAUACACUGACCACCUCUUCAUUUUUUCAACCAGUCCCAGCAUCGACAUUCGUAAGACGUGCCCGAGCCACCAAAGUCGGUGUUUCAAGAUGGCAACACUAAUUGAAAUAUCGUCUCUGUACUCAAACACACGACACCGAACCUCUGCAUUACCAACAUGAUGUUGCCACUGGAUGUGGCAAUCCUUCGGAGACAACGAUGAUCAAACACAAAGAGUCGUCUAACAUCAUCAACUGGGAUGGGUCAGGUCUUACAAAUAUAGGGCAGAACUGCUCUCACCGACGCGUUGUAGCUCCGACCGUUUACAGCCAGACUAACAUCACGAAGGCGUCAAAGAUGGUCUAGAUUGGCAUAACUCGCUCUGGCUUUCACUGUACGUGAAUUGAUCUCAUCACUCACACCAUCACCAGUAUAUACGCAGCUACCGGAUACACGAACUGCUCGACUACUUCUAUCCGCUUACUACCCAGAGUGAGUUCAAGUUCAGGGUUUUACCAAUCUUGUUAAAAUACUAUGAACUUGAUUGGUGCAAAGCACGUGCCAUAAUUACGGACACUGACUGCCAACUGGCUAAGUGCGGAUUGUAUGGCUAAGGUAUCGUCACACAUUAAGACAAAAUCAACCACAUACUCAGAACGACGUAAAGGCUUUGUUUAUCGUCUAUUUCUUAAUUUGAUGGAGUUUUUAAUCUGACAGUGCAUAAUUGACUGUUAGUCGGGAUCCACUCGAUUAGUGUUGGUUCUACUCUAGUGCUUAGUGAGACACACAUUCUUGAAGAAUCAAACGAAGAUGCCACAGUUUUUGGACAGAACCAUGUUAAACAAGUUUUUGGCAGUGAUAGGUGGAGACUGAAUAGGUAGUAGUUCACUAGAGUCUUGAAUAUAAGUUUCGGAUUAGUAGCAGGCAUCAAUGUUGAGACUUUCUAAAGACAUGAACAACACUGUCUGUUGUCCUAUCUGCAUUAGUGUACUAACGUUGAACGGAGCCAGUUUGAAUAGCAUACGUGGUUUCAGAAAGGCUGGUUCAGAAUUCGUAUUCGGUGAUAGCAUCCAACUUUGAUCAGUCGGCGACUUGAAAUCAUUUAAAUAGUGAUAGAUUUCCACCAUAAGCGGGUUUCUGUAUGAGUAGAAAAAUAAAAGAAUAUACAUAAUGUGAUUCAAAGGGAAUAGACAAAUGACAUAAGGUAAGAACGAACAUUAUCAAAUAGUUGUGAGUAGAAUUAAUAGGAAUGAGGAUGGAAGCUAGGAUAUUUCUCUCGGAGUUACAGUUACCAUUAAAUUACUUACCUUCCUAGGUUAAAUUGUACUAGAAUUUUUGACUGGUAAAACGUAGUUAGCAGUCCUUAAGGACAAAAAUCAAACCAAUGGGAGAUGCAACGAAAACAAAGAAGUAAACAAUCACAAGUUUAAGGCCAACGAAAACCAAUCAACAUCGAGGUGUACAGGACAGGCUGUGAACCUCAUGUGGAGAAAUUCGAACACUUCACUUCUACCUGAAGUUUGUAUUAAUGUCGUUCAGAAGAACGAUGAAAGCUUCACGACCAAACCAUCCAGCUCAGAGAACAAAGCUCUAUAGAAAUCACCCACAUGAGCUACAAAUCCUCUUUACCAUCUCAAAAUCAUAUGAGCGUAGUUAGCUGGUAUACAGAAUUUAAUAUGUUGGAAGCUUUUUUUCUGGAUAGUCGACUGAUCAGCAUUUUAGAACAGUAUAGUAUCAAUCUAGUUUCUCCGUAACUUCUUCGAUGAUUUCAUUCUCUAAAUUUGUUACAUAGAAAUCAGCUGAAUACUUCAACACAGGAAAUAGGUCAAAAUUCGAAAAAAAUAAACAUGAAAUUAACAAUUAUUAACAAUUCGUAAAAUUACAGUGGUAAGUACACAAAUAUAUAGAUAGUGAUUUAUUGACAAGGUUGUAGAAAAUCAAACAAACAAUGAAUGUGAAAAGCUUAUACGGUCGUCUAUGAAGUCUUACCAGGCUAAGGAAAUGACACUUCCGAAUAAGUAAACUACAGUUGUGGACUCGAACCCUGCUCCUGCUAUAUGUAGUAGACGAAACCUAACCUCGUUGAAAAACUGCAAAGGUGGAUUGUGGGUUAGUCGUGACUGUUUAGUGUUGCUUACUGCGUAACUACUGUCAACCAAUUGUAAUAAGAUUGAGCCACAUCUUGUUUUCAUUUGGCUCUUCCCGAACCACAUUAAGAGCUGACCACUCAUCUGUUGGUUAAGUAGCCUGAUGGUACGCUCGACAUGGUUUUAUCCACAGAAUUAGGUAAAUUGGUUAUACAUCAAAAAAAAGCAAAAUUAGUUGGCUUAUCCUUAUUUGGAUAGACACGAUUAGUACACUAGAAAAAGGAAAACUAAGACUCUAGCUCUGUAUAAUAUCCUUCUAAUCUUCCUUACUAGUUUAUCAUAUAGAAUAUCGCUAGCUACCUCGCCGUUGAAUUAUAGUUUUAAGUACAGAGGUUUCUCGUAAGCUGUCCAUAUCCUUAACGUCUUUUUCCCAUGUUAUCGUGAACUAUUAUUCCUUCGUUAUGGUUUAAGAGCUCUUCUCCAUUUUUACUCUUAUCGAUAGUAAUGAGUUUAUCAUCUAUGCAAGAAUAUUUUCCAUUUAUUUAGGCACAAACCUUGGUACUAGGAGGCACCAAAUAUAUAUGUACCACACUUCGGUUAAAGCGCCGAACAUCCCCUUUUCGUCCUCCAAACUUCGUAAACAACAGUAAUACCGUAGAAUGCAGGCACUGGCUGAAUAUGCGUGGCCAUGUGUGAACAUUUCGAAAGGGAGAGUGGACUCUCCUCAUCCUCGGCCAUACCAAAGUAUAAAUCUUUUUCCUCAGUAACCUCCUGAAAGAUUUCGUCUUCUAAAUUGGCUAGGAAAAAGUCGGUGAAAGUUAGGUCUAAACGUAAACCCACAUCUACGUCAUCAAUUUGCUUAUAAUGAAUGUUGAGAUCUAAAUGAACUUUAACUAUGCACUUUAUAAGUAAUUUUUAAAGACUAUCCUCAGGGUAGUCGGUGCUGAUUUGCUUUUCUGAUUUUUUAUAUUAUUUCGAUUAGUAAUAUAUUGAUGAAAAAAUGGAACAUAGUUAAAAGUUUGACGAAAGUGCUUUUUAAUAGCAUAAUUUGUUUAAUUGAAAAAAAUGGUAGUCAAAAGCCUUUUAUGUAGCUCGUUCGCCUACUCAGCUUUAAUCCAAAUUGCGUCAGGGCUCAUGAUAUUACCCGGCUACCUAAAGCGAAAUAGGUGGAGCAAAGGUCAAACUUGCAACUUAUUGGUUGAAUGGUGAGUACUUGAACCAUUAAGCCACCAUUCCACAACUGAAAAUCUUAUCAACAGUGUAUUAUUUCCCUUCGAUUAUUUCUAAAUCAGUCCCAGAAUCGGGUGCAAACAAAAUGGAGUUUAUCUAGAAAUUUACACAGGAAUCUUGUAGUAUAUGCUCAAGCUCUCUACCAGUGGUGAUUGAUGGAAAAUAUACCAACCAAUCUGUCUUGAUUCGAUCCGUACGUAAGCAUAAAAUAGUCAGAGCUUUAUCUUGCUAAAACUUUUGUUUAAUCUAUGACGUAGUCUAAGAGGGAUUUUAACGGAAUCUGUGUUUCAUAGAGAAGGGAUCGAAUGUGGCUACUGGUGGUAUGGGGGACGAGGGUGUCGUUCUAUUUGGUACUCGUCAGUUGAAUCUACCUGCAUCCCAGAGUUAAUGUCCAUCCUAGGACUCCAACCUUUGUAUCUUUCAUUUCAAAUGCUAACGCUUUAUCUAGUUAACUAUUGAGUCCAGUUAGCCACUCGCUUGUACAACGGAUAUAAAUUUUAGUCUCAUUUGUAAUGACUUGGAUCCCAUUACUAGCCACAUCCAUCUAUUCCAUGUAAACGUGUGUCAAAAUAGCUGUUUCGAGGCAAUUCGCAUAGGGUGCAUAUAUGCCAAAUAGAACUGAUGAAAUAACAUUCGGAAUAUCAGCAACGAGACAAUCAAAAAAAGAACAAAUUCAAUUAGAACCUGUCGUUGGUUCUCGAAAUGAUUAUAUAACUGUUAGGAGGAUGAUAAAUUAUUUGAGGAGUGAUGGACUCUUAGCUAUCGUUCUGUCUAUAUAUUUACCGUUUCCUUAGAAUUGUUGUGCACAUAAUUUCCUAAAUUUUGGACUUAGUUCCACGUUCACAUCAGUGAUAUUGAAAAUGCAAAUAUUGAUGGUUUAUUUCUCUAAGAAUAUUUUGAACCUAGUAAAUCUAAUCCUCUGAGUAUCGACAGCAAUUGCUUUUGUUAUUUUUUGAAGUGCUUACACUGUCUGAUAGAUAAUGCAAAGUUAGUUGAAGUAUUCUAAAUGUCUAAGAAUGUGAACUCUCUUUACUGAUACUAUCAUAUCAUAGUGUUAAGUAUUGUUUUGACUGACAAAUUGACUUUGUCAGCGCCUAUUAGAGUUUUGUUUCUUUUGUUUUAGAAUGCUUUAUUUAUCAUUUUGUGCGUCAGUGCCAGAUACUCAAUGAGAAUGAACAAUCACAUUUUUGAUUUUUAACAGAUUGAAUGUUCGAAAGAUAGCAUCUCUUCAAAUAUUCUUCUUCUAGAAUUCAUUCUGAAGGUGAAUUUGGAAGAAAUUCUCGAUCUUCAGAUGUAUUCUAACAGUCCUAAACUGGAAGCUUUUGUUCCGUCUUCCAAAUCGGUAUCAAUUCAUUUGAAUAGACGAAUAUCAACGCUGACCUUUGAGUUUUCUCGUCCAUUCAGUCGUAAAUUGUUUGAAAAUGUUAUAGAGACAAUGCUUUGGGAGCACAGUGUUCACGAUGAGAGCGGAAAUCCAAUGAAUGUUCUACGCUUAAAGGGAUUUAUUCGCUUCAUAGAUGAUGAUUGUACUUACAGUCUACAGGGAUUGAACGAAAUUUAUGAUCUUUCCCAAAUACCUAAUGAAAGAGCUGAAUUGCUUAACCUAAACGGAACAAGAUUAAUAUUUAUUGGUCAUAAUCUAUGUUCAUCAAUUUUGAAAGAAUUGCUCAUUAAUUGUACAGUAUGAAAGACACUUUAUAGGAUUGAUUACAUGUAACUUACAUUUUGCUUGUACAUACAUCUUUACACUUAUUUUUGUUUAUUUCUAGUUUACGAUUGUUAAUUUGUUACGAAAAAAACUUGUAAUAUAUUUCUGUAACUCUUAACUGUUUCAAACUGAAAAAAAUUCAGAAUUAAGACAUUGCACCUAGAAUAAUAGAAACCCUUAAUAGAGUCACGUAUGGUUGAUUUGUUGCAGUUAAAGUAGUAGAACUUUUACAUAUUUGACUAAUAUACACCAUUUAUCAGCAGUCAGUCGUUAACGUUUUCAUAAUGUCAUCAUACAUAGUUGUACAUUUUCAGUAAUAAUAUCAUCAGAUAGAAAUCACUUUCAGUGACUUGUUUUUCAUAAUUCGGUCGACACAUUCAAAUCUUAUUUACUUAUUUGAACACAUAAAUAUUGGUACAAGGGGACACCAAACACAUGUAGGAUUUAAUUUGUCCUACAGAUAUACUACUAGAACCGUAAACGUGAUACUGGCGAUUACAGAGUCUAUGUGAAAGCUAUGGUCAGAACAAGGACAGCUUGGCUUCAAACUUUAUCUGUUUCUAAACGUGAAAACAAUUAGUUUAGCACAAUAAUUAAGGAAAUUACGGUUAUUAAGUGAAACGCACAAACAUACCGACCAGUAUUGCGUGUCUUCUCGAAAUGAUUAAAAUUAUGAGUAACACUAAUAUAAUAGGAUGAUAAUGUCUUUCAAUUGGUAGGUUACAUGCAGCAGGAAUAGUUUGUAGACACAUCAGACCAGAUGAACUUGGUGGGCGUCUAUACGACGAUUUGAUUGGUUAGUUAUAGACAUAACUAACAUUCCCUCUGAGCUGCACCACGUCCAGGCUUCGUUACCGUCGCACUCAAAUAAUCGGCCUCUCCCAGUAGGCAUAGGUCCCGUGGAACCCGGCUGACCUCUUCGGUUGCUGUCUUCAUUCGAAAUGUUCUGACUCGUCCAUCUGGGCCAUAAUUGGCCUGUCUAACUAUAGCUUACGGCCACAGAUUUCUCGGUGAGCCAAUAUUGUUUACCAACACUAAGUUUCCCGGUUGUAGAUUCCUUAUGUCUAACCACUUGGAUCUCGUCUGAAGGGUUGGUAGGUACUCACGUAACCAUCUGUUCCAAAAUAGGUUGGCUAGUCGUUUCGCUUCCCCCCAUCUGUUAUAUAAGCACGUUUUACUCAUCUGAGGUUCGUCUAACGAUACACCUCUGUAAACUAACAAUAACUUCUUUGGCGUAAGUACACAGGUUGUCACAAUCACUAACUGGCUUUGCGAGUGGUCAAUUGCUCAGUAUUUCUUCAGCCGCUAUUAAAAACGUCUCCAAAGAUUCAUCCGUCAAUACCUUUUGAAACAGUAGUGAUCGUAGCAUUCUUAGUGAUUUUAUGAUGCAUUCCCAUAUACCGCCUCUAUGACUAGCACUCGGAGGGUUAAAUUGCCUUUCACAACCUCUUUUCGAAAGGGUGUUUUCUGUCUUAUUCUGUUCUCAACUGCACACAAUCUGUUUAAGACGUGUCGGCUCCUCUGAAGUUUGAACCGUUGUCGCUAAAUACAUGAUUUGUGUGACCUGGCCUAGCAACGAAUCUCGAGAGAGCGCAUAAAAAUGAGUCAGUGUCCAAAGCGUGCAUAUUUCGAUGUGGACUGCCUUAAUAGGUAGGCAAGUAAACAAACGGCCGUAUCGUUUUUCAACCGCUUGCUUCUUAACGUUAAAAAUAGUCUACAACAGAAUUGAGUUCUUCCAGGAGACGUUCGGUUAGUGGAUACAUAAUCUGCGUGCACGGCGUACUGUUGAGUCUCUUGGAUAGGUAGCACUGUUUCAGGACUAUUCGAAUAGCCGCUUGAUGACCCAGAAAUCUUCGCGAAGACUGUUCAGGGUGUGAGUAAUACCAGAAUACGCGUUCUAGGGAGGAUAAUGCAUUACCAUCAAGUCGGUAACAAAAUGUUUACCAGGAAGUAUAAGCGGAUGUUUGAUUUCGAAGGGCACGCACGUCCCACUCCUUGAAUGACGUUAUACAUUACGAAGCGAUAAAGAUUACUUGUCGGACUCCUACGCGCAAUGCUACUUCCCAUUUUCUUACCAGCAGAC